AUGGGUAUUACCGAUUUGGUCCGAGGCCGCAACGACGCUCGACUCGCGCAGAAUGUCGUCGGGUCUGACUUUCACGACCUCAAGUAUGAAGUCAAGGUGGAAUCGAAUGGGGAUGGGGUGGGAUUGGAGUCGAGCCAGCCGGGGAAUGAGAAUGAGAUUACGCAGGGUGCGCAUCUAGGUGUGCAGAAGGCAGAGGCGGCUGCGUUGGCGUGGACGAAAAAAACGGCCUAUAUAACAUAUGCUUUGAUCUGGUUGGGCUUUUUCAUGCUCGCCCUGCAGUCGUCGAUCAGCAGCAACGUCAUCCAUAAUGCGUAUGCCUCGUUCGAAGCCGCCCCCGAAGUCAGCACGGCGAAUAUCCUCUCCAGCGUGAUCAGCGGCAUCGUCAAGCUCCCUGCCGCCCGCUUGUUGACCAUCUGGGGUCGUACCGAGGGUUUCCUCCUCUUCGUCGCCGUUUACCUGCUUGGAUUGGUGAUUCUGGCUUGCUGCAACAACCCCAGCUCGUACGCUGCCGGAUACGUGCUGUACUGGGUCGGAUAUGAUGCUAUUUUCCUCAUUCUGGAUGUCUUCAUGGCGGAUACGUCGGGGCUGCGCAACCGUGCGUUUGCGUUUGGGUUCGCCAGUACGCCGUUCAUCUGUACUGCGUUUACGGGGCCGAUGGCGGCGCAGUCGUUUAUCAAGCAUGCGAACUGGCGAUGGGCGUAUGGCACUUUUGCAAUUGUGAUGCCGUUUGUGUUUGCUCCGUUGGCCAUCACGUUCAAAUUCUACCAGCGCAAGGCUGAGCGGAUGUACAUUUACGAACGGGGAUCGAGUGGCCGGACGCUCUGGGAGUCGCUCAUGUACUACAUCCACGAGUUUGACAUCAUCGGCGCUCUCCUCCUCAUCUCCGCGUUUGUCCUGCUUCUCCUCCCAUUCAGUCUGGCCUCUGAAGGCCGCGCCCAAUACAAAAGUGCCGCAUUCAUCUCGAUGAUCGUGAUCGGUUUCUGUCUCUUCUUCGUCUUCGCUGCAUGGGAGAAAUACGGCGCCCGCACACACUUUAUUCAAUACGAGCUCUUCCGACAGAGGACAGUGCUUGGAGCGUGCUGCCUGGCCGGAUGUCUGUUCUUCAGUUACUACGCGUGGGAAUUGUACUUUUACAACUUUCUCAUGGUGGUGUAUGGCCUGGACGUCAGCAUGGCCGGGUACAUGGGCCAGAUCUACAACGUGGGCUCGUGCAUGUGGUCUGCCGUGUUUGGUGUGAUUGUCUACAUCACCAAGCAGUUCAAGUAUACGUGUUUGUUCUUCGGGAUGCCUCUCAUCCUGCUGGGUGCCGGACUCAUGAUCCACUUCCGUGUGCCAGACGGCAACAUCGGAUACAUCGUCAUGUGUCAGAUUUUUAUUGCCUUUGCGGGCGGUACAAUGGUCAUCGGCGCCGACAUGGCCGUGAUGUCGGCUGCAGACCGCGAAGGCGUGCCCAUGAUGCUGUCCAUGAUCGGGCUGUUCUCGAGUCUGGGCGGCGCUAUUGGAUCGGCUGUUGCGGCGGCCAUCUUCACCAACACUUUCCCCUCUGCGCUGCAUAAUGCUCUGCCGGCGGGUGAUAAGUCGGACUACAUGCGGAUCUACCAGGGCGGGUAUAUCGCGCAGCUGGACUAUCCGGUGGGCAGCCCCAUCCGCACGGCCAUCAUGUCUGCGUACGGCACGUAUAUGAAGUACGGCUGUAUCUCGGCGGUGGCGGUGAUGUCGCUGGGGAUUCCGUGUAUAGCAGCGUGGCGGAACUACCGGGUGGACAAGAAGCAAAACAAGGGCGAGAUGAUGUAG